UCGCCGAUUGUCACGUCGGGCCUCGUCAUGCAAAUGCUCGCCGGCUCCAAGAUGAUUGAAGUCGACCAGAGCUUGAAGGAAGACCGCGCGCUCUUUAGCGGCGCGCAGAAGCUGUUCGGUAUCCUCAUCACGGUCGGUCAAGCGAUUGCGUACGUGGCCUCGGGCAUGUAUGGCGACAUUGGCGAGAUUGGCGCUGGCAACGCGAUCUUGAUCAUCAUCCAGCUCUUCUUUGCCGGCAUCCUCGUCAUCAUCUUGGACGAAAUGCUCCAGAAGGGCUACGGCCUCGGCUCGGGCAUCUCGCUCUUCAUUGCGACCAACAUUUGCGAAAGCAUCGUCUGGAAGGCCUUUAGCCCCACGACGAUCAACACGGGCCGUGGCACGGAGUUUGAGGGCGCGAUCAUUGCGCUCUUCCAUCUUUUGAUCACCCGCUCGGACAAGAUGCGCGCGCUCAAGGAGGCCUUUUACCGCCAGAACUUGCCCAACGUGACGAACUUGCUCGCGACGAUCCUCGUCUUCAUCGUCGUCAUCUACUUCCAAGGCUUCCGCAUCGACCUCCCGGUCAAGUACCAGCGCUACCGCGGCCAGCAGGGCACGUACCCGAUCAAGCUCUUCUACACGUCCAACAUGCCCAUCAUCUUGCAGACGGCGCUUGUCUCCAACUUGUACUUUGUGUCGCAGCUCCUCUACAAGAAGUUUGGCGGCAACUUCCUCGUCGGUCUCCUCGGCAAGUGGCAGGACGUUGAAGGCGGCGGCGGCCAGUCGAUUCCCGUCGGCGGUCUGGCGUACUACAUGUCGGCACCGUCGAGCGCGGCCCAGAUCUUGUACGACCCGAUCCGCGCCGUCAUCUACGUCGUCUUCAUCCUCGGUUCGUGCGCGCUCUUCUCCAAGACGUGGAUUGAAAUCUCGGGCUCGUCGGCCCGCGACGUGGCCAAGCAGCUCCGCGACCAGCAGAUGGUCAUGAAGGGCCACCGCGACGCGUCGAUCGUGCACGUGCUCAACCGCUACAUCCCGACGGCCGCGGCCUUUGGCGGCAUGUGCAUUGGCGCGCUCUCGAUGGUCGCCGACUUUUUGGGCGCGAUCGGCUCGGGCACGGGUAUCUUGCUCGCCGUCACGAUCAUCUACCAGUACUUUGAGACGUUUGCGAAGGAGCAGGCCGACAUUCCGCUCAGCGGCAUGUUUGGCCUGUAAGCGCCACCGUGUGCGUGCGCGCUGCGUGCUCGUCUCGCGCCGUCUUCGACUCUCUUUGUGCUGCUCCCGCGCUUGCUUGCAUCGUCUUGUCAAGGACCUCCCCGUACAAGGGCCGCUCUUAGGCGGCUCCUUGGCCCACCACUUUUAGAAUAGCUGGACUAGGACCCCGGUGGGUCAUGAACCGGGCGGCGCCGACGUGAGGGAUUUCCCGACCGUUGGCCAGCGACGUGGCGUCGUUGGCGCCGCUCUAGGUGUGCGAGAAGACGCUUGCAGGUGACGCGAGUAGCAGCAGAAGAUGGUUGUCGACCAACCUUAACGAUCAUACACGUGCAUUGCAUCAUACACGUGCAUUGACACUGC